UCCUCCCUAAUAAUUUGGUAACUAGCCUCCUCCACCUUAAUUUAAUGGCUAGUCAUAAAAUACUAGUUAAGAUUAAACAUAGUGUAAUAAUAACCAUCCUAAUUACACUAAAGAUAGAUUAGAAUAAGGCAAAACAUUAGACCAAGACAAGUGGCUAGUUUCCUAAAAUUAAAAAUUCUAAGCAGGAAUUUAAGAAGAUGGUAACUUAGUAGUUUUCUCUUUAGUUAAUAACUAGCGUAUUUGCACAUUUUCAUCAAUGAACAAAAAAUAGGGAACUGCUCCUCAUAAAUUGGCAUUAUUUUCAAAUGGUAACUUGGAAAUAAAAGAAUAUCGUAAUGCUGUAUUGUGGUAAUCAGAUACUACUAAUUAAGGUACUGGUCCAUAUAUUCUUAUCAUGCAGAAUGAUGGUAAUUUAGUAUUGUUUGAUAGAAAUAAAAAUGUCACAUGGAAUACAAAUACUAAAAGUAAUUACCCUGUUACUGAUUAACCUAAGUGCAACAACAAUCAUGGUAAUUACACAAAAGAUAGAUUGAAAUAGGGUAGCAGAUUAGAAUAAGACAAAUGGUUGGUUUCUUAAAACUAGAAGUAUUAUGCAGGAGUUUAAGCAGAUGGUAAUUUAGUAAUUUCUACUAAUUAAAACUUCAGUCCUUACAGCUGUAUUUGGUAAUCUAUGACUAAGAAAAAAGGAAAUGCACCUAAUUGCUUGGUACUUGAAAGUAACGGCUCAAUGAGAGUUUAAGAUUAUCGUAAUGCCACAUUGUGGGAUAGCGAUACCUUAAAUUAAGGUAUGGGUCCUUUUACUCUUAUCAUGUAAAAUGAUGGUAACUUAGCUUUAUUUGACAGAAAUGAUAGAAUUACAUGGUGUACUAAUACAUCAAGAGAAUGA